AUGAACAACAAGUUCGACGCAUUGAAAGAUGAUGACAGUGGGGACCAUGAUCAGAAUGAAGAAAACAGCACACAGAAAGAUGGUGAGAAGGAAAAAACGGAACGAGACAAGAGUCAGAGCGGCAGCAAGAGGAAGGCUGUCGUCCCUGGGCCAGCCGAGCACCCCCUGCAGUAUAACUACACUUUCUGGUACUCCAGGAGAACCCCUGGCCGUCCCACCAGCUCACAGAGCUAUGAACAGAAUAUCAAACAGAUUGGCACCUUUGCCUCUGUGGAGCAGUUCUGGAGGUUUUACAGCCACAUGGUGCGUCCCGGGGACCUGACAGGCCACAGCGACUUCCAUCUCUUCAAAGAAGGAAUUAAACCCAUGUGGGAGGAUGAUGCAAAUAAAAAUGGUGGAAAAUGGAUAAUUCGACUGCGGAAGGGCUUGGCAUCCCGCUGCUGGGAGAAUCUCAUCUUGGCUAUGCUGGGGGAACAGUUCAUGGUUGGGGAGGAGAUCUGCGGGGCUGUGGUCUCUGUCCGCUUUCAGGAGGACAUUAUUUCCAUAUGGAAUAAGACUGCCAGCGAUCAAGCCACCACGGCCCGAAUACGGGAUACGCUUCGGCGAGUGCUUAACCUACCUCCCAACACCAUUAUGGAAUACAAAACCCACACCGACAGCAUCAAGGACAAUUCAAGCUUUCGAAAUACAAAAAUCACCUUGUGA